CAUGCACUAUUCGGCCUACAUUUUCGCCGUGGACGGCUCAAAGCCAACCAUCACACCCAAACCCAACCUGGCUAAAGGUCAACAACUGGGUCAACGUCUUCGUCUGAGCACUCUGGACGUGAAGAGAAUCCAGUUGCUGUACGGAUGCUCCGUGGACACAGGUCACAUCACAGUUCCCGCCAACACCCAGCUGCUCAUUGACUGCACCUUCGAGACUGGCAUGUGCAAUCUGAUUCAGGAUUCUCACGACGACUUCCAGUGGAACCGACGUCACGGCAGCACGCCCACGUCCGGCACCGGGCCCAACGGAGACCACACCAACGGCGUCGGCUACUACGUGUACACAGAGUCCAACAGACACGUCAACAAAUACGCCAGACUCAAGUCCCAGUCACUGCCCGCAGGUCAGUCUUGGCGGAAGAAUUCUCGCAUUUCAUUCAUAAAAAGUGUGGGGUAG